UAGCUAGGCUCUGCCAAGGAAGCCCACUAAAUAAUCAUUCUCUGAAGAUCAUACAUCUAGAAAAAACUAUGGUAUACUUUCGAUGGGGCCUCUUGGAUUGGAUGGAAAGCCAGGACCUCCAGGAGCAAAAGGAGAUAAGGGUGAACAAGGAGACAUUGGCCCACGGAUGGCUUUUCCUCGCCUCAGUCAUGGAUUUCUCUCUGACCAGCAUAUUUUUAGCAGACGUAUCCUUAAGGGAGACCAAGGUAAAGAUGGUGCUGCUGGCCCACCUGGGCCUCCUGGACAGCCGGGUUCAAGAGGGCCCCCUGGAGACACAGGGAAAGAUGGUCCAAAGGGACCGCAAGGUCUUCCUGGUGAGAAAGGAGAAGCUGGUGUCAUGGGCGAACCUGGUAUUCCAGGAACAAAAGGUGAUGCUGGGACUUCAGGAGAACCAGGAGUUCAAGGACCAAAGGGAGAGCCAGGAACUUCUGGGCCACAAGGAGAGAAUGGUAUUCAGGGGCUGCCAGGGUCAAAGGGUGAACCAGGAAGCGUUGGCGAAAACGGAGAAAAAGGCAUAGAUGGGCUACCAGGGCCGAAGGGUGAGCCUGGUGAGAAGGGAGCAGAUGGAUAUAUCGGGCCAAGGGGACCUCCAGGCCUGAAAGGAGAACAGGGUGAUACAGUAGUAAUUGACUAUGAUGGUAGGAUCUUGGAAGCUCUCAAGGCUGUGGGGAAACCCAAAUUGACGGGGCCACCAGGGCCUCAAGGGGUUCAAGGGGAACCAGGGCCUCAAGGCGCUCCAGGACCAAAGGGGGAGCUUGGUUUGCCUGGUCCACCUGGAGUUGAUGGAGAGAGGGGCUUGAAAGGGUCAAAGGGAGAUCAAGGAAGCUCUGGACUAGAAGGACAGAAGGGAGAGAUUGGAGAAGUGGGCAUGAUUGGUUUACCUGGCCCCAAAGGAUUGAAAGGAGAGCAAGGAAACCCUGGAGUAAUGGGACAGAAAGGAGAGAUAGGAGAAAUGGGCUUAUCUGGUCCACCGGGUAUUGAUGGACCUAAAGGAGAACCUGGGACACCCUGUGAGCAAAACCUUAUCAUACCUGAACCAGGGCCUCCUGGUGUACCAGGUCUACCAGGUCCACCAGGUCCUAUGGGUCCUCAAGGAACACAAGGACAUAAGGGGCCUCAAGGAAGUCAAGGACAAAAGGGCUCAGAUGGUUCAAAGGGUUCAAAAGGUGAAAGUGGCCAUAAAGGUGAAAAAGGACCCCUUGGGCCACAUGGUCCUCCUGGCACUCCUGGACUUAUUGGUUUACCAGGUACCAAAGGGGAGAAGGGAAAGCCAGGGGAACCAGGAUUAGAUGGUUUCCCUGGCCUCCGAGGAGAAAAAGGAGAAAAAAGUGAAAGAGGAGAAAAGGGAGAAAGAGGAUUGCCAGGCAGAAAAGGAGCAAAGGGACAAAAAGGAGAACCAGGCCCUCCUGGAUUAGAUCAGCCUUGCCCAGUGUUCAUUUUUAAAGGGGAGCCAGGUUUACCAGAACUGGAUGGUGUGGAAAUGCUCUGUCCUUUGGGUCCAGAUGGAUUACCGGUACCAGGAUGUUGGCACAAGACACAGGCAGAAAAGGGAGAGAAAACGAAAAAGAAAAAAAAGAUUCAGCCCUAGAAAUUGAACAAACCUUGUGGAUGAACGUAGGAAGAAUUUCCAAUCUGGAAAGGUAACACAACUAUAGCCACACUUGUUGCUACUUGCUUCAACCUUGAAGAAACUAGUUUCAUCCUGGGUCACUCUGAUCCGUUUCAUGACCCGUGGCUGCUUCUCCUCCAGAAGAAAGCAUCAUCUCUGGGAAAAACCCCACUUCACAUCUUCAGUCUGUGACUAAAGUUUGAAAGAUUCCUUUGUGGAACUUUAUUUUACUGCAGAAAUUCAAAAACAUGGAACACUUCAACUAUCAAAUCUUUUUUUAUUUUAAUAAAAUGAAGGAUACGUUGUAAUAUUCAUCUCAAUGUAUAGAUUUGAAAAAUAAUAAUUUUUGCUUUAAAAACAAAAAUCCUAUCAUGGCUGCUCUCUUUUGCAAACUUGGAAAAGAUACCCAUUGUGCUGCUUAUUCUUCUGGAAUAACAGAACUCAAUAAAUACGAAAAAUGUUAUUCCCACCAACCCACCAGUGAGUGUUCAUCACACCCAUUUAAUAUGAAUGUUUCUAUUGUAAUAUAUAAGAUUAUAAGAGCAACGUGAAACAACCUAUUGUUAAAGCAUUUGUAAUUAACCUGGUGAUAGAAAUGGCUCUUUUCAGAAGGAAAAAAGCUGAGCUCCACAUUUUAUGCAAAUUAUAUUUGUUACAGGUACAUCUUUCCUGCUUCAAAAAAGUUUGCAUAAAAAGCCAAAUAUCUCUAUAUACAACACUGUAUUAUUUCAGUCCCAAAACUGCAUCUAUGAAAUUAUAUUAAGUGGAUUAUGACAUCGUUCAAUAUAAAAUCCAUUCUAGUUAUUGUAGUUAUAAUUCAGUUACUAAUUCCAAAAAAAUUCACCUUCCUCACAAUGGUCUGGAGAUUCUGCUUAUAACAAGCAGAGAUUUCUACAGUUUCCCACAGUCUACUAAUAUCAUUGGAAGAAAGUAGUGUUCUUGCUUAGGAGAACAUCUACAUGGUCAUUGUUCUCUCUAAGAGACAUUGCAUUGGCCAGUACUGUUCUUUGACUGGCAGCCUGCAAGACUGCCAGCUUACUUGCACAAAGGGAGCAGGGAUUUUUGCCAUUUGACCUUUCUGUAUCAAGACCCAGAGGAUAUCUUAAGCCUUGGGAGAAAUAGCAAGUGUUGCCUCUUCCUUUCACCAGAAUUAGCCCAUUAAACCAGAAUUUCAAAUAAAAUAUUGAAUAGUUAUAUCAGUAGUCUUUCACAGACAGUAGCUCUCCCAUUCAUAAAAAUCUUCUGGGAUGCAACUGAAUCACGUAACCUGCCGUAGGUUUCAAAUUACAAGUUUUGAUUAUUCAAUAUUUUAUUCAAAGUAUAAAAUGCUGAAGAGCUAAACAAUCUUAAAAGAUGCUUGUUUUCCAAGGUCACAAAGUUUCAUGAACUCCAAAAUGAAUGCAAAAAGAUUUGAGGAAUAAUUUUGUAAUUUUUGCCUAGAAAGAUGUACGAACAGAAAUUAUUCCUGUUUAACCUGAUAGCAAUUCCUUUAUGGCUAAUCAGAAUAUUGUUUGAAAUUCUCAAGCACCAGCAAAAAUCAGUUUAAUUACAAUGGUACAAUUAGCAUUAACAUGAUAUAGAAACCAAGAGGCAUUGUAAUGUAUGGUUUUAACCAUACGUAGAAAGAAAGCAUGUUUUUCCCUUCUCAUUUUAUCUUAGUACUAAUUGGUUUUAUCCUGAUUCUCAGUUUUAGCCCUCAUUCCCAAAAAUAAAUUUAAGGAUGUCCAAAAAUACUGAUUGGCAUUACUGAUUUGAAUUUAUUUCAGGAUGAUGCAAUGGCUCCCCAUUUGUAUAGACAGGGCCCCUAUUCUAUGAAUCUUUGGCAGGAAUGUCUGUUCUUUCUGUUGUAAAUGUUUUUAAAGUACUCUAGACAAGCUUCAAUACUUUAAACUACUGUACAAGUCUUCACAGGAGAAGAUGCACAAGUUUCUUAAAAUUUGAGAUUAUAAAGUUAACAUUGCUUCACUGUGUUAAUUCAUUUGGUUGUCGAAGUUAGUUUAUGGUUUUUUUGAGGCCUAUAUGACAUUUAGUUUUGUAUAGCAUUAAACAUCAGUUUAGUUAAAUGAAGAUAUAACUGAAUUAAGAAAGAGAAGUUAAAUAUUAUGACUUCCUAGUCUUUCUCUUCCACUCUUACCAUGGCAAGAUAUUUCAUUCAUUCUUAUUUUAAUACUAUAUAUCUGCUACUCUUCUUAACAAAAAUAGAGCACAUAGUAGUUUAGGGAAAGUACACAGAAGGUAUGAGGGAAUUAAGUUCAGGCCCAUGUUUUCAGCACAGAACCAGGAAAUUCUCAAGAUGGGGAUAUCAUUCAUAAUGAUAAUUUUCCAACUUUUAUGAGAACUCUAAAAAUAUCUUGUUAAAAACUCAAUGCCUCUUUGAUAUUUCCCCUGUUAAAAGAAAUCUUCCCUUUCUACACCGCUGUAAGGAUUUGGCAAAAAUGCAUUAAUUUUAAAUAAUUUUAGGUAGCACUGGUUGAGAGGUCCUGAGGCUUAUUCUAGUUAAGAACUCCAACUCGGAUUAGGGGGAAGAAAAUGGCAGUUGUAAACUAAUUUGACAAUUAAAAAACAAAGCACAGUAUGCUCAGCCACCUCUCAUAUGUCCUUGGAUUACGCUCCCUACUUAUUGUUAUUAGAAAAUUCUGGUACAAAAAAACUUUGCCAGAUGGCCCUCCCUCAACAUGUAUGGUAUGAAAGUCCAUAGUGUCCUAUAUCUUCCAGAAUAUUUUCUCACACAUUCAUAUCUUGCACCUAUUACAUAGAAACUGUAGCAAUAUAUUAAUAAUUUAACAAUUAAUAUGUAUCACAGUAUGAGUUUUAAAUCUCAUCCUAAGCAAAAGAUUUAUGAAAGAAAAUAUGUGGAUGUUUUUCUGCCAGAUAACUCUGAAAUUAGUUUAAUUUCAUGGUAGCUAGUGAGAUUCUUUGCAUAUUCCUUUCAAAAUAUUUAUCAGUGUCACAUUUUGUGGUAUGGAUAAUUGUGGGGAAACUAUUCUAAAGUGCUGAAAAUAAUAAAAUGUUGAAUGUUAGCAGGCAUUUUUCUCCUAGAAUACUCUCAUUUCAGUUAAUGAGAUUAGUUUUUGGUUUAGCAUUUAGUAAUUUUUUAAGGAAAUUGCAUCAGAAUAAAGAUACAAAAAACAAAGUAAAGAAAACUACCAAUAAAACACAAGCAAAAAUGUUAUGGAAAAAAUGAUUCUUUGGAUAUUCUUUUUAAAAAAUUUAUCAGGAUGAUUGUCUGGUUUGGGGGAUCAAAACAAUUAAAAUGAUGAAUACACAAAAAAGAGGCGUAUAUAAAGGGAUUUUGAUUGCUUCAUUGUGGCCAUCAUCUUGACAUUUUUUAGCUCCUUCCUGAGUACAUCCUCAUUUAGCAGUACUAUAUAUUUUAGUAAACGAAAUGAGUCUUGAAAAUAAUAAGAUGAAUAGAAAUAUCCUACUUAUUCUAUGUAAGGAUAGUUAAGUUGGCAAAUCACCGUUAGAUGUUAGCAGAAUUGAACAUGAUAAACAAGUGGCAUUAUCUUGGAGAAAGAACUGUUAACUAAUACCCAGACAACAUAUUUAUCUCGUUUGUAGCACCAUUUUACAGUUUUCAUUUUUGGGGAUAAUCUUUGAACAUAUCAGCUUAAUCCAACUAUCCUUUAUAUAAUAUCCACAUUAUAGUGUAGUAACUCUCAUCUAAAAAAUGAUAUUGAAUUACCCUGUUUCCCCCGAAAAUAAGACAUCCCCUGAUAAUAAGCCCAGUCGAGCUUUUGAGUGCAUGUGCUAAAAUAAGCCCCCUCCGAAAAUAAGCACUCCCCAAAAAUACUUAAAUGCAUGUGCAGCCGGUCCCUGCCAUUUCCUCUGGUUAGGGUUAGGGAGACAGUACUGGAAAUUAGGUAAGACGGCAAAAGGAGCCCCGUCUUGCUCCACGUGCCCCAAAAUAAUAAGACCUCCCCGAAAAUAAGGCCAAGCGCUUAUUUUGAGGUUCAAAAAAAUAUAAGACAGGGUCUUAUGUUUGGGGAAACACGGUAGUCACUCAAAAAGUCUUCCGUUGUAAUGUCCUGUGAAGUUAUUAAUAUUGAAAUAUAAUAAUUAUAUACUUAUUUGGUAUUAUCUUCUGGUAAUACAGAACAUACUCAGUAACUGACAUUUAUUGACUAAAUUAAUUUGGAGUGGUAGGCAGUUAUAUAAAUAAAAACUUACCAUAUAAAUCUCUUGAUCUUACUUUACUACACAAAUGAGCUGUAAAACAUAUACAGAUAGAAAUUCUUGACUUGCAGCCAAUCAAUAGAUCUGAAAAUGGGACUGACGACCAGAUUUGAAGUUCCAAUGUCCUCCCCCAUGGUCAGAAGACCGCAUUUUGGGCACUUGGCAACUGGCUCGUAUUUAAAGCUAUGUGCAGUACCCCAUGGUCACAUGACUGUAAUUUAAUAUGCUUUUGCCAGAAACUGGUAUUUAUUUCCAAUUUCCAACAAAAGCACCUUAUAGUGAACAAUAUGGUCACAACAUUUUUUAUAAAAUUUGGUCAAGUUGUGAUGACCUGCUUUAUGACCCUUACAAUUUAUGACCAAAAUUGUGGGCUCUGUUACUAAGUCAAGGAGUAGCUUGACUUUAGCGUAGCUCUGAAUGAAUUAAGUAUAUAUUAUCUAUUCAUAACUAGCGCAAAUUAAUCCUCAAUAAAGUCUUAUUGAAGAAAUAGAAUUGGUGAAACAUAAUAUACAUGAUUUAGAUUCUCAUGCUGAAGCGUCUACAGACUUGAUAGCAUUUAAUUUGGGUUCUAUCAUGUCUAUUUUCUCAAUACAGUGUUCAGCCACGAUUAGCUUUAACCCAAAACAAAGCGUUAAAAAUCUUUUAAACCAAUUCCAAAUUUGAUCUAAACUUCAACUACUGAUUUAUAAAUGUAGGACUCAAAUGGAGGGGAAUGUCUCACAAUCAAUUUAUUCAUGGUGUUUUGCAAACCUUUUGCAUUUAUUCCACACAUACAUUGUUGCUACUACAAAAAUAAUUGUUCUGCCUUUUGACUCAGUUCAGCUGAAAUUAGAUUGAAAUCCCACUUAUUUGCCCUUUAGAUUUCUAAGGAAACUUCAAUAUAAAACAAUAGCUUAGCCCGACAUGUGUGAGAAUUUACUGCUGUUAUUAAUAACUCAUCAGCACUAUGCACUGCCUAAAGCCAGAGGCUGUUGGACUAUAACUUCUGUCUACAGCAUCCAUAACUGGCUAAGGCUGAUAGGAAUUCAGACAGAUUUGGUGAAUCAGAUCUUGUCCUAGCAGGCAGAUCCAACAAGAGUUACUUGUAUCACCUGAGGAUCUGGUGACUCUCUUGAAAAUAAGAAGGAUGAAUGGAUGAAUAGAUGGAUAAGCAUCUCAGUUACCUGUUACUGAAUCAUGCUCUUCCAGAUAUCAUUUUCUAUUCCUGUCUGCUAGCAGACCCAGAUGUUCAGGUAGUACAAGUCAGAGGACUGGCUUCUAGUCCAGAUUUGAGAAUAUGUUAAGCAGCUACCUUGGCUAUACCUAACUCAUUACCAGCAAUGCAUGCAAGGGAAGUUAUCUUUGUCUUUCUCCACCACACAUUCUCCAAAGAUAACCUGGAAUGUCUUUCCUCCACUUCCCAAAUCUCUCAACUAGAUUUGAGAAUUGCAGGAAGAUAAAUUCAGUCAUGGUGGGUGGAUACAAUAUCUAAACUGUGUCAGGGUAAGAUGCAUUAAUUCAAACUUCCUUCAUUUCAGCUUAAGCUGAAUAGGUAUAAUAUAAAUGUGGUAUCUAAUUUUUUAAACUGACCAUCUACAUUUUAUUUUCGUGCAAAUAAUCUCAAGGCAUUAAAUAAAUUAGACACAGAUACAAGGCAAACAUAACUGUGAAUGUAAUUCAUGUUUAUAUUGGAAACCCUCUUCUGAGAUUCAAAAAAAUGUAAAGCUUUGUUUCAAAACAAAGAGGGUAAUAUUUUAUACAGCAGUCAUAUCUCACUGUUACUGAUUUCUUUGUAUAAUUUCUAAUGUGUACAUGCCAAAAGAAGUGGUAUAUCUAGCUGUAAUAUAGGGGAACAAUUAUUUUUUAAAUGAAGGCAUUAAUACAGUAUUACUCAUUAUUAAGAAUUGUACUGCUUGUUCUGUAAAUUUUACAACAAUCACUGCAUUAUCUGGCAGUGUAUCGAUUGUUUUGUGUUUUAAUCUGUAGUAAGAGUUGAUACUUGAACAGUUUUAAAAUAAACUGCUUCUUGUACCGAU